AUGCUUUUAGCUUUAUGGUCGGCUAAGGUGAAACCAAAUGUCAAUGUAUUUCUCGAAAGAACCAUAAGUGAUAUUGAACAACUUAUGACUCGUGGAUUUUGGAGUGGUUCAUCUGUGAUAUACCCAUAUGAUAAAAAUAAUUUAGAAUUGCGAACUCAUUCAGGAUUUAUUGCAGCAGCUAAAUCAGCUGAAGAAAAAUCAAUAGAAAAACGAGUUGCAAAUAUAGAAGGUGUGAAGGGUUUAUCAUGUUUAUUAAAAAUUAUUUCAUAUCCACAACAAGUUGUGCUAGAUUAUAUGCACCUUGUGUGUUUAGGUCAUGUACAAACUCUAAUUAAAAGGUGGUGUCAAUUAAUUAACAAAACUGAUAUAAUGAAAAUGGAUAGUAUGUUAUCCAUGGCACGUUUUCCACAUAACAUACAUGUUAUGUACAAUGAAUCAAUUUUGGCUAUUGAUUCAUGGAAAGCUAAACACAGCAGAUUGCUGGUCCUAAAUCUCGGUAUACCUAUUGGUAUUUCUUGUCUACCUACGUUACAUGCUUCACAUUGGACAGUUUACUGUUUGUUUAUUAAAUUAUUACAUGCACCACAAUCAUCUGAAGAUAUUGAUUUUGCUGAAAAAUUAAUUAAUUUUUAUUGUCGUACAAUUGCUGAUGUUUAUGAUAAAUCAUUAGAAUUAUUUUCAUUACAUGCACAUCUCCAUUUACCCGGUCAAGUACGAUUACAUGGUGGAUUAUCGACAUCAUCAGCAUUUACAUUUGAGUCUUGUAUUCGAUAUUUAAAAAGUAAGGUGCAUGGUACAAAACAUUUAGCUACACAAAUAGCUUAUUGGUAUGAUAUUGAAACUAUCGUCAAAACUACGAUGUUUGAAUUAGCAACACCAUGUGGUGUUAAUGAAAUAAAUUUUUUUAAUGAAAAAAUGAAUUAUUAUCGUAAAAUAAUAGCUGCUCUUCUUUGUACUAAUCAACAAGAUAUAAACCAAAUUAUAUUUUACACACGUUAUAAGAAAUGCUUUUUAACUUUCCAUACAAUAAUUUACGAUAAACCAUAUAAAUGUCGUAGUUACAUCAUAUCAUACAUUAAUAAUAGUGAUGAUUAUGACGCGCUUAAUUAUGCAAAUAUAAUUGUAUUUUAUAAAUAUCACAAUGAUUAUUUUGCACUUAUACAAAAAUAUCAUUUUUCACGAGAAAAGCUCUCGCAUUAUGUAGAAUUGCCUGUAGAAAUAUGUCAAAAAUUGGAUAAAUUGUUUCCAUUACUCGAACGCUCGGAGGACUAUGACAUUAUUCCUGUAGCAAUGAUUCGCCAUCAAUGUGUAAUGGUAGAAUUUGAAGAUGUUUGUUGUUUAUCAGAAUUAAGAGUUGAUUCUGAACAUGAUUAA